AAGGUUUUGUUCUAAGCCAUGACUAAACCUCCAUUUUCUUUCUCGCCCUUUGGCUGCAUCCUCUUUUUCUUUUCUUUCUUCUUCUUCUCUUCUGUUGUUUUAGCACUCACCGAUGCAGAAGCUUCAUUUAUUGCACAACGACAGCUCUUGACGUUACCCGAAAAUGGCGAACUUCCUGAUGAUAUUGAGUAUGAGGUUGAUCUUAAGGUGACAUUUGCGAACCAUAGGCUUAAGAGAGCGUAUAUUGCUCUCCAAGCCUGGAAAAAGGCGGUGUAUUCAGACCCGUUUAACACCACGGGAAACUGGCAUGGACCUCAUGUGUGUGGCUACACGGGUGUGUUCUGCGCCCCGGCUCUUGAUGAUCCUAACGUCGCGGUUGUGGCGGGGGUUGAUUUGAAUGGUGCGGAUAUUGCAGGGCAUUUACCGGCUGAACUUGGUUUGAUGACGGAUGUGGCGAUGUUCCAUUUAAAUUCGAACCGGUUCUGUGGUAUCAUACCCAAGAGCUUCGAGAAGUUGAGCCUAAUGCACGAGUUUGAUGUCAGCAACAACCGGUUCGUCGGACCUUUCCCUUCUGUUGUCCUCUCAUGGCCGACUGUUAAGUUCAUUGACGUCAGAUACAAUGAUUUCGAAGGUCAAGUCCCUCCUGAGCUUUUCAAGAAGGAUCUCGAUGCCAUUUUCUUGAACAACAACAGAUUCACGUCUACCAUUCCUGAUUCCCUCGGAGAAUCCUCAGCCUCUGUCGUGACCUUUGCUCACAACAAAUUCAGCGGUUGUAUCCCUAGAAGUAUUGGAAACAUGAAGAAUCUCAACGAGAUUAUCUUUAAGGACAACAGUCUUGGCGGUUGUUUCCCAUCAGAGAUCGGGAAGCUAGCCAAUGUGAACGUGUUUGACGCUAGCAUGAACUCCUUCACCGGUGUUCUACCUCCAAGCUUUGUUGGGCUUACUAGUCUAGAAGAGUUUGAUAUCUCUGGGAAUAAACUCACUGGGUUCAUGCCAGAGAAUAUCUGCAAGUUGCCUAAAUUAGUUAACUUGACGUACGCCUACAAUUACUUCAACGGGCAAGGUGAUUCAUGUGUCCCAGGUAGUCAGAAGGAGAUUGCAUUGGAUGAUACACGCAACUGCUUGCCAGAUCGACCUAAGCAACGAUCAGCCAAGGAAUGUGCGGUGGUGAUUAGCCGUCCAGUCGAUUGUAGUAAGGACAAGUGUGCUGGUGGUUCUAGCCACGUUACACCGUCGAAGUCUCCAUCACCUUUGCCAACUAGGCCAGUUCAUAAACCACAACCACCGAAAGAAUCACCACAGCCAAAUGACCCAUAUAAUCAAUCUCCAGUGAAGUUUCGGCGUAGCCCGCCUCCACCACAAAAACCACAUCACCCUGUGGUUCACUCUCCACCGCCUACACCGCCAGUUUUUUCUCCUCCUCCCUCACCGCCGGUCCAUUCAACUCCAUCACCGGUUCAUAAACCACAACCACCGAAAGAGUCACCGCAACCAAAUGACCCAUAUGAUCAGUCACCUGUGAAGUUCCGGCGUAGUCCACCUCCACCUCCGGUUCACUCUCCCCCACCUCCAUCGCCGGUUCACUCUCCACCACCACCACCACCAGUAUAUUCUCCACCGCCCCCACCACCAGUAUAUUCACCACCACCACCGGUUUAUUCUCCACUGCCACCACCACCAGUUCAUUCACCACCACCACCAGUAUAUUCUCCUCCACCGCCAGUCCAUUCACCACCGCCACCGCCGCCGGUACAUUCUCCUCCACCGCCAGUCCAUUCACCACCACCUCCGGUUUAUUCUCCACCGCCACCGCCACCAGUCUAUUCACCUCCACCACCGGUUUAUUCUCCACCGCCACCACCACCAGUCCACUCACCACCACCGCCCGUACAUUCUCCUCCUCCGCCAGUCCAUUCACCACCGCCUCCGGUCCACUCUCCUCCACCACCAGUCUAUUCUCCACCGCCACCACCGCCAGUCCAUUCACCACCUCCACCGGUAUACUCUCCACCACCACCUGUAUAUUCCCCACCACCACCAGUACAUUCUCCUCCACCGCCGCCAGUAAAGUCUCCACCACCACCACCAGUCUACUCUCCUCCACAUUUACCCCCAAAGAUGAGUUCACCACCAACACAAACACCGGCCAACUCUCCUCCACCACAAACACCAACACGGACGGUAGAAGCACCACCACCAAGUGAAGAGUUCAUUAUUCCACCAUUCAUCGGCCACCAAUAUGCUUCACCACCACCUCCAAUGUUCCAAGGCUACUAAUAUUAGAGAGAGUGAAGUCUUUAUAUGAAUCACGUCAUGAGGAAAACAGAAGAUAACUAAGAAGAAGACAGAAGAAGAAGAAAAAGAAAGGGAGGGCAAUGUAUCGUAGUGGCAUUAACUCCUUAAAGAAUCGUACAAAGUUUGUGUAGUAACAGUUUAUAACAUCUUUUUGGUCCAUAAAAGAUUUUAACACUU